UGCACUCACGUAACAGGUGUUCAGCCUGCCACACAGUCUCCUCGUGGACUGCAAUGUAAUCGGUGUCCAAAAAUACAGAUUGUUAUUAAACUUGAUAUCGGCCCUAAUUAACCGGUCGACCUCUAAUGAAACUAGUCUACUUUCGAAAUUCGCCAUUUUGAAUCCAAAAUGGGUGACCUGUGUGAUUCGUGUAGAUCCAAUGAGAAAAGUGAGGGGGGGGUGGGGACUUUGGAUCACUACUGGCUGUAUGCGAACAAGUGAUGUGUGUUUGGAGCAAUACUGGCUGUAUCCAAGGCUCAGUCAAUCGGUCACAUGACAGAAUGCAACACGCGCCUGAAGAGAGAAGAGACACCAAUGUGCUAGUUUCAGCAUCCGCACCCGUUGAAAGAGCGGAGAGGGGAAUGGAAGUUUACCAGCUACAGCAGCGCAUCCCCUGGACAAAAACGAAAAGAAGACUGCUGAGGAGAGCUGUGGUGGCACUGACAAGGCAAGCCAAGCUCAAACAGUAGGAGAAAUGCAGCCUCCUGGACUGACGGGGAACUCUGUCUGAGGAUCUCUGUCUGGGGCUGUGGUAAUGUCUCUAGACAGACUAACAUUUGAAGGACAAACAACCUUACCAAAAAUGGAAAUAUUAGGAUUUUCCAACAACUCUUGUGAAGGUUCCGACCACUUCUCCUAGGUCCAUCAGAUGUUUUUUUCAUUAUCACAAUUUUUCGGAUUAACUGGGAUCGUCCCACUUAUGCUCUUAAAUGGAUUCCGUUGGCUCUCUGGUUAGCAUUCAAGAUGAGGACCAGUCCUCUCGUGUCCGAUACAGGAUGGAGGCGUCUUGUCUGGAGCUGGCCCUGGAGGGGGAGCGGCUCUGUAAGGUGGACGACUACAGCGCAGGGGUGUCCUUCUUCGAGGCGGCCAUCCAGGUUGGAACUGAGGACCUGCAGGUGCUGAGUGCCAUCUAUAGCCAGCUGGGCAACGCCUACUUCCACCUGCAUGAUUACGGCAAGGCCUUGGAGUUCCACCAUCAUGACCUCACCUUGACCAGGACCAUCAGGGACCAGCAGGGAGAGGCGAAAGCCAGUGGUAACCUAGGCAACACGCUAAAGGUGUUGGGUAGGUUUGAUGAGGCUUUGGUCUGCUGUCAGAGGCACUUAGACAUCGCCGUGGACCUGCACGACAAGGUGGGGCAGGCGAGGGCGCUGUAUAACUUUGGGAACGUGUAUCAUGCCAAAGGCAAGACCAUCUGUUGGAGCGGAGCGGAGCCUGGAGAGUUCCCUGAGGAGGUCAUGACUGCACUUAGGAAAGCAGCGGAAUACUAUGAAGCAAACUUAUCCAUAGUGAAGGAGCUUGGAGAUUGUGCCGCCCAGGGCCGAACAUACGGUAACCUUGGCAACACACACUACCUAUUAGGAGACUUCCAGAAUGCAGUGGCCUCACAUGAACAGCGCCUCCAGAUUGCCAAGGAGUUUGGCGACCGCUCGGCAGAGAGAAGGGCCUACUGCAACCUGGGGAACGCCUAUAUCUUUCUGGGGGAAUUUGAAGUGGCAGCUGAGCAUUACAAGAGGACUCUGCAGCUGGCCAGACUGCUGAAGGACCGGGCUGUAGAGGCUCAGGCCUGUUACAGUCUGGGAAACACCUACACAUUGCUCCAGGACUACGAUAGGGCUAUAGACUACCACCUCAAACACCUCAUCAUCGCACAGGACCUCAACGACAGGAUCGGUGAGGGCCGGGCGUGCUGGAGUUUAGGGAACGCUCACACAGCCCUGGGGAACCAUGACCAGGCCAUGCACUUUGCUGAGAAACACCUGGAGAUCUCCAAAGAGACUGGGGACCGGAGUGGAGAACUCACAGCCCGUAUGAACGUGUCAGACUUGCAGAUGGUCCUGGGGCUGAGCUAUAGAACCAACGACUCCACCCUGUCUGAGAACCCCAUCAAGGACAUCGACUACAACCUGCACGGGGCCAGGCCCAGGAAUGGCAGACGGCACAGCAUGGAAAACCUGGAGCUCAUGAAACUCACCCCAGACAAGAUCAACGCUCAGAAGUGGAACAGUGACAUCCUGACCAAGCAGUCUAAACCCACCCUGGCUAAGAGCUCCUCUAAGCUGUUCUUUGUCAGCCGUCUGCAGGGCAAGAAGCACAAGGCUGGGGGCUCCAGUAAAGUCCUGCAGGACACCAGUAACACCUCACAAACCCCCGCACAGGGACCACAGAAGAGGGCCAGUCCAGACAUGCUCGGGGACGAGGGCUUCUUUGACCUGCUGAGUCGUUUCCAGAGCAACAGGAUGGACGACCAGCGCUGUUCCAUACAGGACAAGAGCUCCUCUGACUCUCCAGCCAGAGCCAUGAGGAAAUCUGUGUCAGAGUCAGCGGCUGUAACAGGCCUGGGUUCUGGGUCUGGUUGUCGGUUAGAGGACGGUGGAGGUGCUGGGGGUAGUUUGCCCGUCCUUCGGGUCCACCAGAACAGAAGCCAGGCUGUCCUCAGCCACCUGAUGGCCAAUGCAGAUAACUCUGAGCCUGACGAUGACUUCUUCAACAUGCUCGUCAAGUGCCAGGGUUCCCGUUUGGAUGACCAGCGCUGCGCCCCUCCCCCGGCACGUGGCCCCACUGUCCCAGACGAGGACUUCUUCAGCCUCAUCAUGAGGUCCCAGGCCAAACGCAUGGACGAGCAGCGGGUCACCCUGCCCUCUGCAGCACGGCCAUGCUCCAACUGAGCCUUGCCCAAGGAGAGGGCCCCCGAUGGCGGGGUGAAAACCCAGGAGAGUGGGCCUCUC